CACAGAAAGAAAGAGAGAGAGAGUUAACAUUCAGUGGAAGUGGGAGGUGGGAAGAGGGUUUCCUGUUGUUGGACAAGAUCAGUCAGGACAGAGCGAGGGAGCGAGCAGCAGAGACAGACAGAGAGUUUCAGACGGAGAGGACGACAGAGAGCAGAAGAUGGAGUUAGCAGUGCUCCUGCUUGCCGCGUUGGCAUUGCCGCACACGUCCUGGACCGAGACCGGAGGAAACGCCACCGCACUCGCCCGGGACCCGCCUGCUCAGGACGUCCAGAGUGACUCAAACGGAAAGAGACCGAGAGGAGACACCCCAGACAUCGAGGAGCCAGAGCCAGAGCCAGAACUCGAGCCAGAACCCGAGCCAGAGCCAGAGCCAAAACCAGAGCCAGAACCCGAGCCAGAGCCCACGGUCGCCGAAAGCGACUACGACAGCAACUACAACUACUUGCUGUCCAGGCUGGCGGCGCUGGACCAGGCCCUCCACAAGCUGAACGUGGGCCACUACACGCUGGACGUGAAGGUGAGCCAGCUCCUGGACAGGCUUUUACGUAUUGAGGGCAAAGUGGCUGACGUUGAGGAUUCCAUCUACGACGUCUCGAACUUCUGCAAGGACAACCGCAAAGAAGUUGGUCGUCUCGAAGGUUGCGUUAAGGGCCGGAAGGUGGGGCAGAAGUGCUUCCUGGUGUACCGCGUGUACGACACCUACGUUGGCGCGUCUCAGAAAUGCCAGGAGCGUGGAGGACGCAUGGCAAUGCCGCGGGACCGGCGCGAACAAGAGGCUCUGGCUGAGUAUGUGAAGCUGGCGUUGCCUGGCAGUAACUGGCCCGUGUGGCUAGGCAUUAACGACCUGCGAUCCGAGGGGCUCUACUUGUUUGACGACGGCACCCGGGUCACCUAUUUCCAGUGGAGGAAGCACUUCUUGUCAAGCCAGCCGGACGGCGGGAAACGGGAGAACUGCGUCGCCAUGUCCUCCGAUGACGGCGACUGGUGGGACAACUACUGCGACCGGCGCAUGUACUACCUGUGCGAGUUUGAAGCAUAAGCUCUGACUCGAGUGUUUCUAUAAGACGGGGUGAUAUCGUAUAACUCGAAUCUAAAGGAGUAGUUUGUAAAUAUUUUUUAACAGCCGCCUUCCUUUGCAACGAUGUUUCUCGUGAGUUACAGAGCGUCCAGCUGAGUGUUAAGAAAUAUGUAGACCAUGUCUCUUUCUUAUCAUCCAAUAAUUCAUAAACAACCUGGAAAUAUUACUGUUUCCACUAAAGUCCAUGUACACUGUAUCUCUUUCUUUGAGACAUAUUAUGUGAACUCGCUGCACCUAAUAGCGGCCCACCUUCAGCUUAGGUAAGGCAUUAGAUGAGUUCUAGUAAUACACCACCAUGUGAGGUGAGUUUUUUUUUCUUCAAAUAACCACGCACACACAUUUUAUCUUAUGUCUUCUUUGAUUAUUAAUAAUCCUUUAUGAAUCUAUUAGUAUUUCUUAACACCCACCCAUGGGACGCACAGCUAGCAGCGAUGGACGCUUCAAGAACUGAUGUUUUUUUUCCUACCCAGUGUUGAGCAAUAUUUCCCAGGAAUUGUGGAUUAUCGUGUGCCAUUCCACGAGUAUGAGUAACAUUCCUCAAUGCUAUAAACAAAGGUACGCCUGUAACGGGAUCUGUAACAUCUACAAGGUUGUUUCUGUGAAAACAUCUGUCCGUGUUUGUCGGAACUUGACCCUUGUUUCACUUUAAAUCCGAAAGCACACCUUGAGGAAUUCUUUCCUGGAAAUAAUCUGAUCAAUGAUUUCUGUCAUAAUAUAUUAAACUGAUUCAAACCAUA